AUGAACCGACGCGACUAUCGAGUCAUCAUGCUUCACGAAUUUAAAUUCGGACACUCCGCGGCAGAAGCAUCUCGAAACCUUAGCACAGCUUUUGGCGAUUCUGAUCUCGAAGAAAAACCGGGUCGCACGUCGUCGCUUGAUAAUGAAGAUCUGGAGAGAGCCUUGGAAGCAAAUCCGGAGACUAACACACGGACGUUAACAGAAGACCUGGGCGUAUAUCAUGCCACAGUAGUUGGACAUUUGGCAGAAAUUGGCAAGGUGCCAAGUAGCAUCCAUAUCUUCCAUAUCUGUUAUUUCUGGAUACCACACAGACUUCUUUGUUUUCAAUACUUGCUAUAG